AUGUUACGUCUCGCCUUCCUCUCGUUGUUGACUGUCAUUGCCACUGUAUCGGGCCCCUCAAACGUCUAUGCCAUCGACAACUUCAACAUCACCACCACGGUGAAGAACACUGGCGACGAGGUCGUCCGCCUCCUCAACCAUCCUCGCGGUCCAUUGUCCGACUUGCCGACGGAUUCGUUCACCAUCACGAACCGGCAUGGUCUCAGCCCGGACUUCGUCGGCAUCAGCGCCAAGUAUUCCCCAUCGGCGGCUCUUGCGUCCAACGAUCAUCAUGCGUUCACUGUGCUUGCGCCUGGACAGUCGGUUGAGGUCCACCAUGACAUCUGGGCUGCAUACGACUUCUCGGCGUCUGGUCCUGGUCAGUAUAUAGUAUCGAUGAAGGACUUCAAUUCGCUCUACUACGUCGCCGAUGCCAAGCCCAGGGCGGUCAUCGGUGCUAGUGGCCCCCCCUUCCAUAUCAUCAACGUUGGCGGCGAUGCCAGACCUUACAAAGAUCGUGCUGAUGCACACGAUGGCGGCUACUGCAAGGAUUGGCAAGAUCGCGCGAUUGUCACCGCCAUCUCUCUGGCGGAGAAAUACGUUGACCACGCUGUCGAGGUUCUAGAGAAGAGUGGCCCGAACAGCGCCUCAUACAAGCGUUGGUUCGGCCCUAUGCUCCACAGUGACAGGCACGCUUCGGUCGUCAGCCACUUUGCGACACUCGCUCGCAGCGACUUCUCGAAGUACACGUACAGGUGCAACGCUCGCUUCUGUGGCAAUCGCCCUGGUGUUUUGGGAUACAUUACUCCCAACGAAUUCGGCACGAUCACUCUUUGCGACUCGGUAUUUAAUGCCGAAGUUGGCGGAUACAACUCGCGUGCGUCUACCAUUGUCCACCAGGCUCUUCAAAUCGCAAAGCACGGCGACACGGACGGGCACACAAGCGGCGAGGUCUUCGCCCAGCAUCUCGCACGCGCAUACCCGUACCGCGCGACGACGAACACGGAGAACUACGAAUAUUUCGCCGUGUCCGCUUUCGGCGACGGAGACGGCGUCGGGCAGAGCGACGCCUCCGUGAUGCUCACCCAAGUCCACUUCGGUAAAAACAUCUUGGACUUGUGACUCGUACGGUAGCAGGGCACAUUCUUACGUACGAUCUUCGUCCGUUGCGUUUAAUAGAGAACUUGCGUGCGAUUGACGGGCGGUUGCUCAUGCCGACAGUAGAUGAGGCGGCCGGGCUGGCCGGGUUGGCGGCUGUGGACGUUUGUGCUAUCCUUUCC